AUGCGGCGCUCUCCUACCACAGAAUCAUGGCUCCGCACCGCCGCUAUCUCGCAGCUCGCAUCCGUAGCUGAAGCCAAAUACCCCUUCUCAUCGGACGGGCCCAAAGCAACCCUCAAGAAUGACACUUCUGUAUCCUUCGACCCGCUCGGCGUUGCCGCUGUGCUGGGGAACCCGCGCGCCGCCGCCAGCGCCGCGAAGCUCUACGUCCAGUUCGACAAGGACACCUUCCACUGGCCGCACAUGUCCAUGAUCGGGGGCACGCUGCCGGCAAUGCAAAUGCUCGUCGAGUACGUGACCUCGGGCCUCCCGUCCAAGUCGCUCUCGGCGCCGAUCAAAAUGUGCGCCAAGUACAUCACCAUGAUCCCCGUGCGCUCGGACUUUGUCUUCCGCGAGCUGCCGCUGGAUUUCAGCAACGUGUGGCUGAAUAACCUAAUCUCCUUCCGGUCGGGGGGCAUUAACCCCGGCAACGACUUUAUGGUCGUACACAUCGACCAGGUGGCCCGGACGCCGCGCGAGGUCGGCGAUAUGGCGAGGGAAAAGAGGCACAAGCUGAGCCUGGACCCGGGGCUGGGCUGGUGGAUGUUUGCGCGGCUGGCGCUUUACCUGCUGAUCCUGGCGAACGGCGGGAUGAUUUUGGCCGCGAUGUUGAUUGGCAUUCUGGCUGCGGAUGUCUGGGCAUUUACGCUCUUCUUCUUGUACGGGAGUCACUGGAUUGCGUCGGCGCUGAUCACCUUCAUGCCUAUGGUGCGGGUGUCGACACCGGCAAUCGACCAGGAGGAAACGCCGCGGUAUGCAGCCUACGAGCGCCCAGAGGGCGGGACGGUCAUAUUCAAGGGCGCGAAGAAGAAUAUGGAGGCCUGGGCGCGUACAACGUGGAAGUACGAGCCGAAUCUCAUCCAGUCCACGCUGCACUGGGCGUUCAUGGUGACGGGUGCAUUGGCGGCGUUCUCGUCAAUUGCGUGCAUGGUCAAUAUGCAUGGAUAUAUGCAGCUUGCCUUCCUGGCUGUUCUGGUGUACGCGACCAUCGCGGAGAUCGUCGCGACCAAGGUCUCGCGGUGGUUGCAGACGAAGGCGAAGGGGGCUGUGCCGCAUGCGCUGCUGACGAACAAAGAGAAGCGCACUGAGAGUAUCAUCUAUGCGACCUUGGCGAUUACCCCUGUUUGUCGGCUUGAGGGAUUCGACUGGAUUACUAUGGGCUUGCUCCCGAACAUGCCGGCGUUUAGUGCGAUGCAGCCUGCCCUGGCCCGGAUUAAUGCGUACCAGAAGGAGGUUGAAAAGGGCGCUGAGAAGGAAGAGGGAAGUGCUCUACAUAGUGACGUGGAAAGGGCCGCUAUUAGGAAUCAGAUGAAGGUUUACUAUGCUGACUAUAUGGCGGCGGCGUGUGAAGAAGCGGAGAGGGGCAAGAAUGAUGAAGAAGCGAAGAAGGCUGCGAGGAAGGGGACGGAAGGUUUGGCUGGACGGUUGGUCGAGCAGAUGCGUGGAGCUGUAGAAGAAUGGAUUGCAGACAUGGACAAGGGCGGAGCGACGCCGCAGAGUGAGACUCUUGUUAAGUCAUGGUAG